AUGUCAUCAGACGAUGCUACGUUUGAUUGGUCACCUUCGGAAGUGGCGGCUGAGGAACGCCGAUUAGACCGAGACCUUGAUGGUGCUCCUCCAAGGGUUGAUCCGACGGGACCUACAACUGGAGAAGAAGCCCAAUGGCAGUGCCUUUCAUGCCACUCUGCUGCAUGGAGAUGGGAUGAUGAGAAGGGAUACACAUGUCCUACGUGUGGUGGAUGUGAAUACUUCAACGUGUCACAACCUACGAAGCUCGAAACACCCACUGGAACAUGGAUGUAUGUGCCUCAUGGACCAGACUCUGUAGCAAGUGGUUCGGGUGACGCCUCUAGCUCCCCGACCCCUGUCAAUCGUAGAUCGGGUUUUGGUGGCCCCAAGCUAUUUCAUGGAUACCCACCUGAUGAUGCUCAUGGAGGUGGAUCUGAAAGAGCUGAGAGCGAGGCGCCGACCUUCGAUCCGAUUGUCAACCCUAAUGAACCGAUUCCUGGUGGUAGACGGCGCCGAAGACGUGGUGGAAGCCAAGUCAGUGAGCCUGCUGAUGCACUACAUGGCCCAGUUCUCCCAGAUGCUGCGGUUCAACGAGACGAUCCUGCAGAACUAUACCAACGACAUGGACAUGGAGAUGAUAUGCUUGAUGUCAUGCGACAGCUGUUGCAUGAAAAGCGAUCUACUGCAAAGACUGGUAGCGAGGCCUCAUGGAAUAGCAUGAGAGGGCCCGCACCUGGAGUGAGAUGGAGAGGUGGUGCUCCACCUUUGCCGCCGAAGUGGAUCUACCAACAGUCAGAUCUACGAGCCUUUGCAAAAUAUGAGAGAAAGGUUAGAACUUGGGAGCUUCAGGCAAAAAGCUUCAUGACUGCUGCCGAGAUGGGCCUGGCACUCUACACAAGCUUGCAAGGUGAAGCUGAAGCUGAAGCCGAACACCUGGAGUUAUCCAAGAUCAACCACAAGAAUGGAGUCAGCUACAUCCUUGAUCAACUUCGAGGACCCCUACAACAGAAGGUGCUGUUCCAGAAGAGAAAACUGCUGGCCGACUUCGAGGGCGUUCGGCGCCACAAUGCCGAGACCGUCCGACAGUACGUCAAUCGAUAUCGCAGAAUCGAACGAGACUUACAAACCAUCGGCAUAGAGACCGGCAGUAUGUACGAUAGUGAAGCUCGUGGAAACAGAAUCCUUGAGCGUUGUCAGCUGUCUCCAGACCUACAACGACUGGUGCUGAUUGGAGCCGGGAACUGCCUGGACUACGAGAAGAUCACGGAGUCUAUGUGCAUGCAGUUUCCAGACUUCAAGCCAACUCCUAUGGUUUGGACCUCCAAUCACAACAGACAGCAAGCUGACAAUCAGACUUCAGCCUCUUCGAGCUCAUCCUCCAACCGGAGCUCUACUGGCACUUUCAGGUCUUCGUCUACUGCAACGUCUUCUGGAAAAGGACGUUUCACCGGAAAGGGGAAAUCACCAAAGACGUAUCCCCAUGGAAAAGGGUCUCCUCGCAGUGUCUUCCAAACGGAACAAGUCGAGGACGAGGCUGACAAUGAGGAAGACGAUGCAGAGGACUUCGAAGAUGCAGAAGGCCAACCUGAAGAUGGAGAAGAGCUGGAGCCGAUUCCUGAAGAGGGAGACGGUGACUAUGAGGAGGCAGAUGUGCCUUCCAUCGACGUUGACACCUUGGCCGAUUUAGCUCAGGUGCUCACCGUCACCUCCAAGAAGCUUCAAGCCUCAGUCCUUGGACGGAAGUUCACCGGACGGAAGCCGAUAGAAGAACGAAAGAAAACAAGCACAUGCAGCGCUUGCGGCCAGACAGGCCACUGGGCAGGUGAUUCAGCCUGUUCGAUGUCGGCAUCCAAACGCGAUGGCGGUGGAAAAGGACAAAAAGGUGCUGGGGGUUCUUCGUUUUCAUCUACAUCCUCACCUGGUCAGAAGUAUGUCAAGAAAGCCUAUGUGGUAGGAGUUCAACAUGGAGAACACUCACAUGAACCACAUGAUGAUGAAACCACCCCGAGCUCUUCAUCAACAUAUUUUACCUUCACCACCAACCAAAUUUUUGGGGCCGAUGCAACAUCAACUACAUGGAUCACGGAGUCCAUUGACCUUGGGGGUUAUAUGGUUUUAGAUACUGCCUGCCAAAGAUCAUGCUGCGGUGAAGUUUGGUUGAAAACCCAUGCCAAAAUCCUGGAACGACAUGGUCUCAGGGUCAAGAUGAUCGAAAGCUCUGAUCAAUUUCAGUUUGGCUCAGGCAAGCCAAUUGCAGCUGCAGAGCGUGCCUACAUCCCCAUCGAGAUGGAAGGCCAGGAGACCAAGGGAUUGUUGUUUGGGGUUAGCGUUGUGUCCACCAACAUACCUUUUUUGGCAAGCAGAACUUUGCUGGAACGUUUGGGUUGCAUUAUUGACAUGUUCACCAAGACCAUCACUUUUGCAAACCUUGGUGUUACACUGCCUUUGACUCACAAACAUGGUCAUUUAGCAGUCAAUAUUGCGAUGUUUUCAGAAGAUUUGGCAAACCAUCCGUGCUGGAAGCAUCUCUCGCGAGAUCAACUUUGGCAUGAACCUGAUCCUGAACUCAUGUUUGCACCGGGAGCUUUCAACAAAGGCUCAAUUCGUGAUUUGCCGCCCCAAGCCUUGCUGCCUACGGAUGUUCCGUGCGACAGCUCCAGAAUGGCUGAAGCGAUGGCAGAUACUGUAUGUCCUGGUGAUGACCAUCGAGAUCAGGGCCUACAAAGCUAUGUCGAGCAUGGUGCGCUUUGGACUGGCAACCCGGUCUUGGCUGACCCUGGACGAGAACAUCAAGGAGAUGGAGCGUCAACGCUCAGAGGUCGUCAACAAGAUGCCAAAGCAGGCCAAUCCAGCGACAUGCAUGCACCCCGAGUACAAGAGGUACGGCAACGACAAGGGUUCGUUCAGCCGAUGCAAGAGAUGCCAACAGGUUUUCAAGUGGGACCCAAGUCAAAAAGGAUGGCGCCCACAUGGAAGUCCGCAGUCGCAAGUUUCUUCGCACUUGCCACUGCCCUCAUCUUCCAACAUCCUGGAGCCCACCAACAGGGGAACGAGUUCUUCGACAUCGAGGACUACAACUUCCAAGUCCCGAGCGAAGCCCAAAGCCCGACCACAAGAAGUUUUCCUGCCAGCGAUGGAGGAGAUUUGGGAUCCGGAAGCUUAUCCUCCCGAGUCAGAUGGCGGCGAGGAUGGAUACCACGGAUGGGACGAAGCCAUGGAGAUCCAAGACUAUGCAUGAACGAUGAGGCCGACUGGUGGGAAGUUGGCAAAAACAUGGUCACGAGGGUUCACAACAUGCCACGCAAAAGUCUUUUUAACAUGGAUGACUUCUACAAUGGCGAACCUUGUCCAGUGCAUGUGAAACGACUGAGCCUGGAGUGCACAGCCGAGAUGAACUAUGAGGAUGGCAGGACACAAAUGCUCACCUACGACUGGAGCACGUCCGGGGCAUCCGCUAUGAAACAAUACUGGACUGGGAAGACCAUCUUUCGCGUUCACCCUCUGCCUGAGCGACAUGUGUCAACCAAUCUGGAGCGGAAGAGCUUGCGACAUGCAGUUCGACAAGUUGCGCAUUUGCUUCAGGUUGAGCAUGAUGUGAUGCUGGCUGGCACUACAUCCUCCUCUACUUCAACAUCCUUGAAGAGCAGGCCACGGGUGGAUUUGUUAGAAACUUUUGCUGGACGUGCUGGAAUCACAAUGAAGGCUACCAAACUUGGUUUGAAAGCACUCCAACCCAUUGACUACAACACCGGCUAUGACCUUGAGAAGGCCAGCCACCAACAACAUGUGGACUAUUUGAUCGACCACUUCAAGCCCCUCUUCCUCGUGCAAGGCAUCGACUGCCGUGAUUGGUGUCUUUUACAAGACAACACCAACUACGUGAGACGCAAGAUCUUGCUUUUGAUGCGGAGGGAGAAGGCCAGGAAGUUGCUACGUCGAGUAGUUCGUUGGUGUGUCAAACAAGCUGAAGCUGGAAGGUUUUUCCUCUUGGAGAACCCUGCAACAAGUCGACUUUGGCUUGAACCGCUGGUGCUGAGACUUUCAAGACUUCCAGGAGUCUAUGCAGUUGUUUGCCAUUCAGGCGCUUAUGGCGGCACCAACUCCAAAGGCCAGAUGAUCAAGAAGAGUUUCAAGUUUCUUGGCAACUGCCCUUGCGUGCUAGAGCGACUGACCAGAAAACUUGAUUCAGAGCAACUGCUUCAAUGUGUACCUUUGGUUGGAAAAGAAACAACUCUUUCACAGCAUUACCCUGAUGAUAUGAUCAAGCAGAUCGUGCAGGGAAUCAAACAGACCGCUGCACAACAUGACCCAGAACGUUUUCAUGCUUUUUCCACAACAAGUUUUCAGGUGAUGGCUGUGAACACAACACCAGAUGAUUGGGUUCCCAUUUUUGAAUCUGCCCAGAAGUCCUUUGACAUGACACGACAACGAAGCUAUGUUCUGCCCACAUCAGACACGACAUGGAAGAUGGUUCAACAACUUGUGCAAUGGCAUCAGCUUGAACGUGUGCAGAUUGCGUAUCAACCAACCAUGCUGCGUUUGCCCUUGCACAUUCCUCAUACGCACCGUGGCUGGGCAUUGCUCUACAACGACCAGACCGUGGAAGUUGUUGAAGAGGACCUGGCGGAUGUGAGACACCCAAGAGCCAAGUUCCGCAAACCCGUGAACAUUGGCAUUUUCUUCUUCGGAUAUGCAACACCAAGUAGCCAUGCAAAUCAACCUGUUUCAGCACGACCUGAUGGACAACCUCUACAAGAACCAGCUGAAGAUGACCCACAAGCAAUUGUGGCUCACAACACAGAGGGCAUCACCUUUCCAAGGAUGCCUGGUCUUUCACAAGAUGUCAAGACCUUGCUUUCAAGACUUCAUCGCAACCUUGGACAUCCUCACAACAAUGAGUUGAAAAAGAUGCUUGCGAUGAAUGGCAUCAAAGAUCAGAAGGUCUAUGAUGCAAUUGAAGCUUUGACAUGCGAAUCUUGCUUGCGUGUGAGGGGACCUGGCAAACCUGAACCUGCAGGCAUUCCUCAAGAUGUGAGUUUGCAGUUUGGCGAUGUUUUGCAGAUUGACAUCGUCUAUGUCAGGGACAUCACCUCAACCAACUACAUCUUCUUGGGCAUCAUUGAUGAGUGCACGCACCUUCACAUGGCCUUGCACUUGAAUGACCGAAGUCCCGAGGAGGUGCACUACAAGUUUUCUACGUUUUGGGCCCGACCUUUUGGUUUUCCACUGAAGAUCAAAGCUGAUCCCGACGGAAGCUUCCGUGGAUCAUUUGAAGCGGCAAUGGAUGAAGCUGGAACCUACAUGGACUACAUCCCUGCCGAGGCCCACAACAAGAUUGGUCUGAUUGAAAGGCACAACGCCACCUUGAGAGAGCUGAUGGAGAGAACCAUUGAUGCAAGAGCAGUGGUAGGACCUGAAGCCAUGGAACAAGCAGCAAUAGCAGCCUGUUUUGCAAAGAAUUCCUGCACAUGGUCUUCAGGGCGACCUCCUUUUGUGGCAGCCUUUGGAAGAGUGCCACGCCUGGGCAUGAACCUUCUUUCAGAUCAACAUGGACUUGUAGGUGGUAGAACACGUGAACAAGCUCAACGCGAAGCUGACUACAUGCGUGCGGAAGCACAACAACAUCUGUCAGCGAUGAGUGUGGAUAGCAACCUACGGCGUGCUUUGCUGAGGAAGUCUACCUCCAACCAACUUCAAGAACUACCAAUUGGUUCCAUUGCAGCAUACUGGCGAUGGACUGCGAAAUCUGGCAAGAAGAGAGGUGGAUUCAAACUGGCUCGUGUUUUGGGCCGUGACCCUGACAACAAGAGCAUUUGGCUUCAAGCAGGCACCAACACCGUGAAGGUAGCACCACAUCAAGUUCGACCAGCACUUGGAUUUGAACAAUGGAAUCCCAACUACGACGACAUCAAAGCCUUGAGGUCAGCUGUUGAAAACCUCCAACAUGGCAUUCUUCAAGACGAGCAACUACCAGAUCCACCGCAAGGACAAGAACUACCUGGUUUUGAAGAAGUGCAACCUGAGGUGCAAGUGCCUCCACCUGUUGGAAUAGAAGACGGCAUUCCCGAAGCACAUCAACAUGAGCUCAUUCCUGUGCCUCGGACACCUUUGCCUGAUCCAGUGCAACAACCUCCUCAAAUUCAACUUGAAGAGGAAGCUACACAAACGGAUCCAUACCAGCAGCAGCAGACGACCAUCAACAUGAAUAUGUCGUCACCAACCUACAGACAGACCAUCAUCCAGAACCAAUCCUUUGGUAUGAAUGAAGCACAGCGCUCUAGACCCACAGUCAAUGUGCCUGUCAGGAAACGACAUGCUUCAAGGUCGAAAACACCUGUUCGACAACUACGAGCAUUGACACCACAUGGUGAAAGAGCCCAACCUGCUUCAGUACGACAGUUGCCUGAUGAACCUUUUCUAGAGCAAGCACAUCAACCUUCUUCAGUGCAACCGUUGGCGAACCCACCUUCUGUAUUGGCACCGUCCAAUCCAGCCGGUGGCAUAACGCCUCCACUAGAAACACCACAGACCGAAGUGAUCGUGGUGCAAGAUGAUGAUGACACUGCAGGGCAACCUGCAUCGUCUCAUGGACAACAAGUUCUACCACAGAGCCAGACCGCUGUGGCAGAUGACAUUGGAGAUCAAGCUCCAACAACACCAGAAGCAUUGCGGCUGACGCCAGCCAAAAGAACCUUUGAUGAAGCUGCAGCAGAUCAAACUUUUGAUGUUUCCUUUUUGCGACCAUUUCGAGAUGAAAGGUCGACCAAUUCAAUUUCUUCAACAAUGCAAGAUCACUACGUCGACUUCGACAAUGAUGAUGUCGACGGCAUGACGUUGAUGGCUAGAGGAUUUGAUGGAUCACCAGAUGUCUACAUGCCGUACUCCAACAAGAGCUUCAUGACGGCAUAUCGCCAACAUGGCGACUACGAUGGCAAUGGCGACAGCGACGAAUCUGACGCUGAUGUCAAGGAUUUCCGUGGAGAGCAAAAGCCCAUUCCACCUACCUUGGCCCGCCAAGAGAAGAAAGCCUUAGACAAAGAGAUCCCUUGGCAGAAUAUCAUGCGUAUGGAUGAAGCCACCAUCCAGCAGUACGUUGAUGCAGCAAAAGCAGAAGAGCGCUCAUGGCUCGACUUCAGCAGUGUGCGCCCCAUUUCCAAGACGGAAGCUGCCAAGAUCCUUGGAGACAAGGAACUACGCAAACGGGUUCUACGUUCCCGUGCAGCCUUCAGAGACAAGUCUAGAGGAGUUGGUCCACUACGACCGAAGUGCCGCAUCGUCGCAGUGGGAUGCAGCGAUCCAGAUCUUUGGACGCUUCAACGUGAGAGCGCCACUCCAACCAGACAGUCUGAGUUUUUGGUUUUUGCAAUUUACAUAGCAGGCCGAAAUGGGAAGAUGAUGGGCAAUCCCAAUGCAGUUUGGUGUUUGUGGGCAGGCGACGUCAAAACAGCCUUCCUCCAGGGAACACCCGAGCAGAGGAGCAUGCCAAUUUUUCUUCUUCCACCUGCCGAUGGAAUUUGCAAAAGAGCCGACAUUUUCAGAGGAGCAGAUCUACUGGAAGUUGUGGGUAACAUUUACGGACUUGCUUCAGCACCACGCACUUGGCAGAUGCAUGUUGUGAAGGUUUUGAAACAGAUUGGAUACCAACAAUCUUCUCUGGAUAAAAUGCUUCUCUACUACUACCAGAAGUUUGAAGGAGAAUCAGAACCUGUCCUUUGCGCUGUCAUCAUAGUGUACGUGGAUGACUUCCUGCUGACCCACGACAGCCGCUAUGAUCGCAAUCACCUGCUGAAGAUGUUCAAGUGGGGAAGCCAGAAUGAGCUGACCUUAGAGAACAGCCUGGACUUCAAGGGCAAGCGCAUUUCCUUGAAGCACGACCGCAACAACAAUGAGUACACCCUCAAGCUCGACCAGGAGAAGUUCAUUUCUGACAUGAAAGGUGGCACCGUUCCGAAGAAACGGCACAAAGAGACCUUGGAUGCCUCCGACCUGGGAGAGUUUAGAAGCGUGUCAGGAUGUUUGCAAUGGUUGGCUGGACAGACGAGACCUGACGUUGCUGCAACCGUCAGUCUGUGCAGCCGAGGUGCAAAGUCAACAUACGAAGACUUGCACAACAUGUACAUGGCUGUUGAGCACCUGCAUCAAACAAAAGAUCAUGGCUUGGUUUUGCGACCCGUGCCCAUCGACUAUUCCACGAUGAUCACCACCUAUGCUGAUUCCAGUUGGGCCAAUGCUGUUGGACAUGCAAGUCAACAUGGUGCUUUGAUUUUGCUUUCCAGCCCUAAGGCCACCGAUGUGAUUCAACCUGGACUCUUGGUGGAUAUGGAAGAGUUCGAGAUCUACGCCUCCGCGGCCGAUAUGAGUGUUGAUCGUGCCAGCCUGAUCAACUACAUGCUGAGUGAGCUGCUUCUGAACCGGCCGGCGUUUCACAUUCCCUCUUGCGAUUUGUUGCGAAUGGUGCAGGCAACCGACUGCCGUUCGCUUUACGAUGUUUUAGUUAGUGAGAAUCCUCGCACUGAGGACAAGAGGACCAUUGUGACCAUCCGGUCGGCCCAGCAAUUUUUGUCUAGGGACAAUGUGUUUUGGAUCCCAACAGCGAUACAGUUCGCUGACGGUUUGACCAAA